ACCUGCUGGCUAACCAGCCACUGAGAACAUAUUACUCUCUUUAUCUUCAUUUAAUUGUGAAACAGUAACUUGGUGUGUCAGUUGACGUAACCAGUGCUGACCAAGCUGAUUUUUUUAUGGUUUCGAUGUACUGUGUCGACAGUGGCAUAAUCAAUCGAUAGUUUGACUGUACAGUAAUUGACUUCGUCCCGUCGGGGGGCUUACGUGCCGUAUUGUGUUUUCUUCUGUUGUACGCCAACUGUCAGCCCAUUGUAUGUGCGGUAAUAACAUGUCUGCGCCCCUUCCCGCUAUUGUUCCUGCAGCUCGAAAAGCCACUGCAGCGGUGAUCUUCCUUCAUGGUCUUGGCGAUACUGGGCAUGGAUGGGCCGAGGCUAUGGCGGGGAUUAGGACUCCUCACGUUAAAUACAUCUGUCCUCACGCUCCAGUCAUGCCUGUUUCCCUCAACAUGAACAUGGCGAUGCCUUCUUGGUUUGACAUCAUCGGACUGAGUCCAGAGGCAGAAGAAGAUGAGACAGGAAUCAAGAAGGCAGCAGAGAGCAUCAAAGCCCUGAUCGACCAGGAGGUUAAGAACGGGAUUCCAUCCGACCGUAUCAUUCUGGGAGGAUUCUCUCAGGGGGGAGCGCUCUCUCUCUACACCGCUCUUACCACUCAUCAGAAGCUGGCUGGUGUUGUUGCUUUAAGCUGUUGGUUACCUCUCAGGAAUUCUCUCUCACAGGCUGUGAUAGGCAGUAACAAAGAACUGGCGGUUCUGCAGUGCCACGGAGAGGCUGACCCUCUGGUGCCUCUGAUGUUUGGCCGUCUGACGGUGGAGAAACUCAAGACCUUACUCAACCCCGCCAACAUCACUUUCAAAACGUAUCCCAGAAUGCCCCACAGUGCCUGUCCAGAGGAAAUGUUGGAUAUCAAACAGUUCAUUGAGAAGCAGCUUCCCCCAGUCAACUAAUCAUUUAAUGCUACGACUUAUUACUUGUCUGAGCCAAUGGAUUUAAGCUCCCUCUAGCUUUAGAGAGCUCCGUCUGCCUGAACCACUCUCAGCUACACACAACUGAACUCAUCCAAGACGUGGGGCUUCAAUCGGGAACCAAACAGGGCAGAACUGGACUGCGGAAACCCUCUAAGAAUGAAGCAUUCAUAAGAAAGUUCUUAGUCAGUUGUAGUUUUAUUUAUUUUUUUUUUCAACAUUUGAGGAAGGAUUGUUUGGAUUUGCUGUGAUAACUUCUAACGCACACACUCAGGUUAACAGGAUUGCUGGGGUACGGAGAUCUCGCUCAUCCAAAACCGCAGUUGCCAUGACUACUGUACAGCAGUACUAUAAGGUGAUGCUCAAUAACUGUUAUAACGAAUAAUAAAAAAAAAUAAAGAAAUGAUUUAAAAAAAAACAAAAACAAACAAAGCCAUCUGAUCUGAUAACAUCACUCUACCGGGAUGAGGGCUGUCACUCAUUUUGAGUGACUCAGGAUAAAUAAACAACACAUAAAUGGCA